CGAGACCGCGAAAAACCACCCCCCGUUUCGAACCAACCCGCGCGCCGUCCCCCUUGGCGCCGCACCCGCACCUCGCUUCACACUUGCGCCGCGACGCCGGCAUGGUGCACCUCGCCCCGCGCCAUCCUCCCGCGCGGCUCCCCGCUCCACCACAGCCGCCCCCGCACCCGCCGGCCGACCUGCCGCUCCCGCUCCUCCCGCCGCCGUCGCUCACCUCGUUGCUGCUCGCGGCCGUCGCCGCCUCGCCCUCCCUCCCGCACCUCCGCCACAUCCACGCGCUCGUCGUCCGCCUGCCCGUCCCGCAGACCUCCGUCCCGUUCCUCCUCUCCCGCCUGCUCCGCCGCCUCGCCGCGCUCCCGCUCACGCUCCAGCCCGCGCGCGCGCCGCUCAGCUACGCGGCCGCCGUCUUCUCCUCCCUCUCGCCGCCCGACCCCUUCCUCGCCACCGCGCUCCUCCGCUUCGCGCACCUCACGCAGCCGCCCCUGGAGACCUUCCGCCUCUUCUCGUGGCUCCGCCGCGCGCGCGGCGGCGAGCUCCCGCUCCUCCCGUUCGCGUUCUCCCCGCUGGCCAAGUCCGCAGCGGCCGCGCGCUCCCUGCCAGCUGCAGCCGCCGCCCACGCGGUCUCGAUCCUUCUCGGAGGCUUCGAUAAGCAUCGGUUUGUUGAGAACUCGCUGAUCGGUGCGUAUGUUGCAUGCGGCGAUGUCGGCGCUGCACGCAAGGUGUUUGAUGAUAUGAUGGUGAAGGAUGAGAUUUCCUGGACAAGCAUUGUGGUGGCGUACUCUAAAAGUGGGGAUAUGGGGUCAGCUGAGGAGGUAUUCGUGGAGUGUCCGGUGAAGGAUAUGGUGGCCUGGACAGCGAUGGUCACUGGGUACGCCCAGAAUGCCAUGCCAGUGAAGGCAUUGGAGGUAUUUGAGCAGAUGGCGGCGGCAGGCAUGGCCAUUGAUGAGGUUUUACUGACUGGUGCCAUCUCAGCUUGUGCUCAGCUUGGUGCGGUGAGGCGUGCCGCCUGGGUUCAGGAGAUUGCAGAACAGAAUGGUUUCGGAAGGAAUGUGGUUGUUGGGUCAGGGUUGGUGGAUAUGUAUGCCAAGUGUGGUCUCAUUGACGAGGCGUGUAGGGUUUUUGAAGGGAUGAAAGAGAAAAACGUGUACACUUAUAGCUCAAUGAUAGUUGGCCUAGCAUCACACGGGAGGGCUAAUGAUGCAAUUGCUUUGUUCAACGACAUGGUUAGCAGGGCAGAUGUGAAACCGAACCAUGUUACCUUCAUCGGAGUACUGGCAGCUUGCAGCCAUGCAGGGAUGGUUAGAGAAGGGCGCUUCUACUUUGCACAGAUGAAGGACAGGUAUGGGAUAUUGCCUUCUGCAGAUCACUAUGCUUGUAUGGUGGAUUUGCUUGGUCGGGCUGGAUUGGUGAUUGAAGCCCUUGAUCUAGUGAAGUCAAUGACCGUGGAGCCUCAUGGUGCUGUCUGGGGGGCACUGCUAGGCGCUUGCCGAAUCCACGGAAAUACUGAAGUUGCUAAGGUUGCCGCUGAACACCUUUUUAAGCUCGAGCCAGAGGGCAUAGGGAACUAUGUCUUGUUAUCAAAUACACUUGCAUCAGCAGGAGAGUGGGAUGAAGUGUCGAAGGUUAGGAAAGUGAUGAGAAAUCGGAGGCUGAAAAAGGACCCUGCAGUUAGCUGCUUUGAAGGCCGGGAUGGUUUGGUGCAUCAGUUCUUUGCUGGUGAUAAUACUCACCCAAGGACAAGUGAAAUAAAGAAGGCAUUGCUGGAGUUAGUGGCAAAAUUGAAGCUUGCAGGUUAUGUGCCACAUCUGAGUUCAAUUGUUUAUGAUGUAAGUGAGCAAGAGAAAGAAAGACUGUUAAUGGGUCACAGCGAGAAGCUUGCUCUGUCGUUUGGAUUGCUCACACUGGGGUCUGGAUCUACAAUUAGGAUCGUAAAGAAUCUAAGGAUCUGUGAGGACUGCCAUUUGUUUAUGCGAUUAGUGUCAAAAGUUGAGCCCAUCAACAUUAUUGUCAGGGACAAUAUGAGAUUCCAUCACUUCAAAGAUGGAGAAUGCUCCUGUGGCGGAUUCUGGUGAACACAGAAUAUGAUUUUUGUAAAUAAGUGGCAGAAUAGCUCUCAAAUGAUAAUUCGUGUAAGUUAUCCAUCUGGCUUGUUUCUGAACAUAGAACACUCAGCUUUGAAUUCCAGAACAAGCUAACUUCAGAUUAAGAAGAGAUACAUGACGCAGACCUAGUUGGCAAUGUUUUGAUAAUAGAGUAGUUUGGUGUUCGAUUUGGAAAGUGUUUAUAUUAAUUUUGAAAAUUGAUGCUUAAAACAUAGGAUAUGUAGAACACACAUGCUAUAGGAGAAACUCCUUUUGUGACAG